CUCCAUCUCAAAGAGAAAAAAGAAGAAGAAGAAAAAAAGAGAUGACAAGGAAAGGAGGGGGAAGGGAGAGAGAAACGAAGGGGAAAGAAGGAUGGAAGAAGAAUGUGAAAUUCUGCCGAAAUUGCUCAACACUUGGCAUGCAAUAGUUUACCCUGGGAGUGAGAUCAUCCUCAGCUGUUCAACGUUUAGAUGAGAGAUCGACUCCAGAUGCGUGAGAAGGCCCUCAGUGCGCGUGCGCGGGGCGGGCAGGUGUGCGUGCACUUCCUCCUUGCCCCGACCCAGACCCGGUAGGUGGCACCAUGGCUGCUCCCCGGCCUGCACCCCCGCCGCAGCCGGUCACCCACCUCAUCUUUGACAUGGGUGGACUUCUUCUGGAUACUGAACGACUGUAUUCAGUGGUGUUUCAAGAAAUAUGCAAUCGCUAUGACAAGAAACACAGCUGGGAUGUAAAGUCCCUGGUUAUGGGGGCUGAAAAACUCAUCGUCCAUCUGCGGAAACAUGGCAUCCCCUUUGCCCUGGCUACCAGCUCGGGGCCUGCAUCGUUCAAGAUGAAGACGAGCAGACUGAAGAAGUUCUUCAGCUUGUUUUCUCACAUUGUGCUGGGAGAUGACCCCGAAGUGCAGCGUGGCAAGCCAGACCCCGACAUCUUCCUAGCGUGUGCCAAGAGGUUCUCUCCUCCUCCAAUGGAGAAGUGCCUUGUCUUUGAAGAUUUUCCCAAUGGGGUGGAGGCGGCUCUGGCAGCUGGGAUGCAGGUGGCCAUGGUUCCAGAUGGAAACUUGAACCAAGACCUGACGACAAAGGCCACCGUGGUGCUGAAUUCCCUGCAGGACUUCGAGCCCGAGUUGUUUGGUUUGCCCCGCUAUGAGUGACAGGGAGGGCCUCGCUGUGCCCCGCCCCAGCCCACGGUCGUGGUCCACACUGCUUGGGGAAAGGGAAAGGAAAUCGGCAACUCUCAAAUCCCAACCUGCACAGUGAUUUUAGCUUCCUGAGAUUGAUGUUUCCAUCCUGCGUUGGCUUGCCCCACUCUAAUGUGUUGAUAAAACGUGACUUGACAAUUGAGAGAAACACAGUAGACAGAAACAAAGCCCAGAACAAAUAUGAAACUUGAAUUACCAUCUCAAAAAUCAAGCUGAUGGAGUAUGUGAUAAAGUGAAUGUACAUGUAUACAUAUACAUACGCACCUCUAUAUAUACACAUGUAUAUCAGUAUGUUAAUAUGCAUGUGGGCAUUACAUGUAUAUGUAUGUAGAUAACAUGCAUUUAUGUAUAUGUGAAAUAUAUACUCUUCCAAAACAAAAUGGAACAUCAUUUCUCUUUUAUUCUAGUUUUUCUGAACACUGGCUGGGAAAUGUAAACUGUGUAUGCAUGUAAGUAUAUGCUUUAUAGAUGCAUAUGUAGUGCAUAUGUUUAUAUCAGCUGCAUCACUCUCCUCAGUGUUGACGUUAGUAUGCAGUGACAACUGAUAAAGGGAGAUGGUAGUUCUGCUUGGCUUUCAGUCUCAGUGGGAAAGCCCUGUUUUUGAUGAGCACUAAGAAGUACUUCUUGUUAGCUAACAUUUAAGUUCUUUUUGUGACCUCAGAAUGUCUCUGGAUCUUUCUUCAUUGACUGACUCUGAGCCACAUCGUCCAUAACUUAUUGUUAGUAUGAAUACAACUGUAACAUUUACCUGGUAUCUACAUCCUUAUCUACAUUGGAGAAUGCUUUCUACCUGAGAACAACCAUUUGCCUCCUUUAAGAACACUGAUGUCCUGUACUUUUUGGGUAGAAAUACAAUUUGAUUUCGGAAUGUAUGCUUGGUGAUUCUGAGUGACCGGGAACACUUUUGGAAUAAUUUAUCAGACAUGGAACUUCUGUGAUUAAUUGCUUUUACAGAUUUAGUCAAUCUUUAAAAUUUGUUUAUGAUUUGCCAGAGAAAAGCAAUGAUAGCCAUGGAAAUUUGGAGUUAAGGAGCGCUGCUCCAUUGUGGUUCAGCUCUUCUCAGUGGCCUCUGCCCUUUGAUGUCCUUGAGCAUGUGUGUAUGCGGUGUAGUGAUUGUCUGUGGAUGACAGGCCCUGGCUAUUGCAUCAAUUUAGCAAAUUUAUUUCCUCAUUCCCAAUGACCAGUAUACAUGUCUUCACUUUGAGUGCUCCUCUGAACCAGUUGUAAUGUCUUACUGUUUCCCUAACAAAUUGAAUUAGUUUAAUAAAAUCUUUUGACACAUG